AAAAUUUUCUAUAGCAUCAACUCUAACAAGGGCAAGAAAAAACUAGCCCUUCAGAGCUCAAAUGUGAUAAUAAAUCUGCCAUUGCUAUCGUUGAAAAUCCUAUUCAGCAUGGCAAGACCAAACACAUAAGGUUAAGUUCCACUACUACAUUCGAGAAGCAGAUAAGAAUUUGGAGAAUAAAUUUGUUCAUUACAGUUAUGAGGAGCACCUAGCAAACAUUUUAACAGAAGCAUUUCCAGGGGCAAGAUUUUCGAUUCUGAGAUUAUUGCUAGGAAGGUUAGAGGUAAUUAAGACUCGAAGCUUGAAGAGGCGGGAGCUAGCUUAUGUACGGCAGGCGCCAACUGUAUCAAGUUCACAAGCCAAACAUAUUAGAAACUGCUCACCAUUAUUAUCCUUCAAUUCUUCUGCCUCAGGCUAAAUUCUCUGCAAAGUUCUGCGCCUUCUGAUACUAAUUCAAUUUCUGAGUUUCAUAUCUUGGGAUUAGAAUUAUGGCUGAGGAGAACGGGGAUCCCAGGAUGCAUGAGGCCAACACAUCAAAUUCUCAGGAGCAGGAGAAACACUCCAGCUCCAACGGGAGCAAAGAGAAUGACAAAGAGAAAGCUAAGACAGUUCCUUUUCUUAAGCUCUUCUCCUUUGCAGAUUCCACUGAUGUCUUGUUGAUGAUUACUGGCACGGUUGGUGCCAUUGGGAAUGGAGUGUCUAUGCCUCUAAUGUCGUUGCUAUUGGGACAAAUGAUUGAUUCCUUUGGAGGAAACCAGAGUGAUAAAGAUAUAGUUAAUAUAGUUUCCAAGGUCUCUCUAAAAUAUGUCUACUUGGCAGUAGGAGCUGGAGCAGCAGCCUUUCUUCAGGUGACCUGCUGGAUGGUCACAGGGGAAAGACAGGCAGCACGAAUAAGGAGUUACUAUUUGAAAACUAUAUUGAGACAAGAUAUUGCUUUCUUUGAUAAAGAAACAAAUACGGGAGAGGUUGUUGGUAGAAUGUCUGGUGAUACUGUUCUUAUACAAGAUGCAAUGGGUGAAAAGGUUGGAAAAUUUCUGCAGCUGAUGGCAACAUUCAUUGGGGGUUUUGUAAUAGCAUUUGUCAAAGGGUGGAUGCUUGCCCUUGUCAUGUUAUCUGCUAUUCCCCUGCUAGUUCUAGCUGGUGCAACUGUGUCCAUUUUGAUAUCCAGGAUGGCAACUCGUGGACAAAAUGCUUAUGCAGAAGCAGCUACUGUAGUAGAACAGACAAUUGGCUCAAUUAGAACUGUUGCAUCUUUUACUGGAGAGAAGCGGGCCAUUAGUGUUUACAACAAGUAUCUCCAAAUUGCUUACAAAUCAGGUGCACACGAAGGCUUUGCUUCUGGAGUAGGUAUUGGCAUAGUCAUGUUAGUUGUAUUCAGUAGCUAUGCCAUGGCUGUGUGGUUUGGCGCAAAGAUGAUAUUAGAAAAAGGAUAUAGUGGAGGACAAGUUAUUAAUGUGAUUGUUGCCGUGUUGACUGGUUCGAUGUCCCUGGGGCAGACAUCCCCUUGUAUGAGCGCAUUUGCUUCUGGUCAAGCCGCAGCGUAUAAAAUGUUUGAGACUAUUGAUAGGAAGCCAGAAAUAGAUGCUUAUGAUACAAGUGGAAGAGUAUUGGAUGACAUUCAUGGAGAUAUAGAAUUGAAAGAUGUAUAUUUCAGUUAUCCAGCUAGACCGGAUGAGGAGAUAUUCAGUGGAUUCUCUCUUUCCAUCCCAAGUGGCACGACUGCAGCAUUGGUUGGGCACAGUGGAAGUGGGAAAUCAACAGUAAUCAGCCUGAUAGAGAGAUUUUAUGAUCCAAAAUCUGGUGAAAUUCUUAUAGAUGGCAUUAACCUCAAAGAAUUUCAACUUAAAUGGAUUAGAGGAAAAAUUGGUCUUGUCAGCCAGGAACCGGUGUUGUUUUCUUCUAGCAUCAAGGACAAUAUUGCAUAUGGGAAGGAUGGUGCUACUAUUGAAGAGAUAAGAGCUGCAGCUGAACUUGCCAAUGCUGCAAAAUUCAUUGAUAAACUACCUCAGGGACUUGAUACCAUGGUUGGUGAGCAUGGAACUCAGCUAUCUGGUGGUCAGAAGCAGAGAAUUGCAAUUGCAAGAGCAAUCCUGAAGGACCCUCGAAUUUUACUUUUAGAUGAAGCUACCAGUGCACUUGAUGCAGAAUCUGAAAGGGUAGUUCAAGAGGCACUAGACAGGAUUAUGGUCAACCGAACUACUGUUAUUGUUGCCCAUCGUUUGACCACUGUGAGAAAUGCUGAUAUGAUUGCUGUCAUUCAUAGAGGAAAGAUGGUCGAAAAAGGCACGCACUCAGAACUGCUUGAGGAUCCUGAUGGAGCAUACACUCAGCUUAUACGCUUACAGGAAGUAAAUAAAGAGACAGAACAAGCACCACAGGAUUACAGCAGGUCAGAAAUUUCUAUGGAAUCAUUUAGACAGUCAAGUCAAAGAAGGUCAUUGCGCCGUUCCAUAAGUAGGGGAUCAUCAAGAAAUAGCAGCCACCACUCGCUUUCACUCUCAUUUGGUUUACCCACAGGAUUCAAUGGCCCUGAAAAUGACCUUGCAGAUGUAGAAGAUUUUCCAUCAAAAGAACAAAUUCCAGAGGUCCCCAUCCGCCGCCUUGCCUAUCUCAACAAGCCAGAACUUCCAGUUCUUAUUGUUGGCACUAUUGCUGCAAGCAUAAAUGGUACAAUACUUCCAAUUUAUGGUAUACUGAUCUCGAAAGCAAUCAAAACAUUUUUUGAACCACCUCAUGAACUGAGAAAGGAUUCAAAGUUCUGGGCACUGAUGUUUACGACCCUUGGUCUUGCGUCAUUUGUGGUACACCCAUUCAGAACAUACUUCUUUUCUGUAGCUGGGUCCAAGUUAAUACAACGGAUCAGGUCCAUGUGUUUUGAGAAGGUGGUUCACAUGGAGAUUGGUUGGUUUGAUGAGCCUGAGCACUCAAGUGGUGCAAUUGGUGCCAGGCUCUCAACAGAUGCAGCAACAGUGAGAGCCCUAGUCGGAGAUGCAUUAGCUCAGAUGGUUCAAAACAUUGCAACAGCAGUGGCUGCUAUGGUCAUUGCUUUCACUGCAAGUUGGCAACUAGCAUUCAUUAUCCUUGCAUUAAUCCCUCUGAUAGGUGUCAAUGGAGUAGUCCAAGUAAAGUUCAUGAAAGGAUUCAGUGCAGAUGCCAAGAUGAUGUACGAAGAAGCUAGCCAAGUUGCUAAUGAUGCAGUCGGGAGUAUAAGAACGGUUGCUUCUUUCUGUGCUGAAGAGAAGGUGAUGCAACUGUAUGAAAAGAAAUGUGAGGGGCCUAUGUGGACUGGAGUAAGGCUAGGAUUGAUCAGCGGCAUAGGAUUUGGACUGUCCUCCUUCUUUUUGUUCUGUUUCUAUGCAACUAGUUUCUAUGCGGGAGCAAGACUGGUUGAGGGUGGCCACAUUACAUUUGCAGAUGUCUUUCAAGUUUUCUUUGCUUUGACUAUGGCAGCUGUAGGAAUUUCUCAGUCAAGUUCCAUCGGUACUGAUUCCACCAAAGCGAAGGCUGCUGCUGCCUCUGUGUUUGCAAUCAUAGACAGGAAGUCAAAAAUAGACCCUAGUGAUGAGUCAGGAACAACAAUAGAAAAUGUAAGAGGAGAAAUUGAGCUUCAUCAUGUAAGCUUUAAGUAUCCAUCUAGGCCAGAUAUUCAGAUUUUCCGGGACCUCAGCUUAACUAUUCGUUCUGGGAAGACUGUUGCCCUGGUUGGAGAAAGUGGGAGUGGUAAAUCUACAGUAAUUGCAUUGUUGCAGAGAUUUUAUGAUCCGGAUUCAGGUCAUAUCACACUUGAUGGAAUUGAAAUUCAGAAGUUGCAAUUGAGGUGGUUAAGGCAGCAGAUGGGGCUCGUCAGCCAAGAGCCUGUUUUAUUCAAUGACACAAUCCGUGCCAACAUUGCGUAUGGAAAGGAAGGAGAUGCAACCGAAGCAGAAAUUAUAGCUGCAGCAGAAUUGGCCAAUGCCCACAAAUUCAUAAGUGGUUUACAACAGGGGUAUGAAGCCGCAGUAGGGGAGCGAGGAGUCCAGCUGUCUGGAGGACAGAAGCAAAGGGUAGCCAUAGCUCGUGCCAUAGUCAAGAGUCCAAAGAUACUGCUAUUAGAUGAGGCCACCAGUGCUUUAGAUGCUGAAUCAGAGAGAGUAGUUCAAGAUGCACUAGACCGAGUGAUGGUGAACAGGACUACGGUGGUGGUAGCUCAUCGGUUAUCGACGAUCAAGAAUGCAGAUGUUAUUGCAGUGGUUAAGAAUGGAGUUAUUGUGGAGAAAGGAAGGCAUGAGACUCUGAUCAACAUCAAAGAUGGUUUCUACGCCUCCCUGGUAGCACUUCACAUGAGUGCUCAAACUGCAUAAGCUAUAAUUAGGUUUUCUAUUUAUGGUCAAAAGAGACUCGAAUUCUACGAAUAGAAUGGAACUUGAAAUGUAAAUGUUUCCUUCUCUUUCUCUCUCUUUGAUUGAGAUUAAUAGUUGUUAAGUGCAACAUAUUUCCUGAUAAAUUAAUAAAAGCAAAAAUAUAUAAAUUUAUAAGUA